AUGCUAACAGAAGAUGUUGUAUUCUAUUCUAUUGCUACUACAAUCCUUUUAAUCUAUGUCUUAUACUUGAUAUGGGAAUACUCAGCAAAGGAUGUGCCAUUAUACAUCAAGAUUUUAACCUUUAUAUCUUGGACAUUAACAUUUUCAAUUGUAUUAGUCCUACCAAUUGAUAUUGCUAAUGUUUUAUAUACAAUAUUAAAUAUUAGUCAACCAAAUAGGUUAAUGAAACUUAAUAGUUAGAAACAAUGGGUAACAUUAAAAUAUUAUGGAGAAUUAUGUAUUGGGGAAACUUCUUUUUGGCUUGGUAAAAAUUCUUAUUAUACAGGUUGGUUUUACCAUUUUUUUAAGAUUAUGAAGGCUCUGGGGAUUUUGAUGUAAGAGGUAAAAUUAGGUACUCUUUGAAAAAAAAUUUAACAAUAUAUGGAGUAGGAACUAUAAUAAUUGUUGGAUUAGCCAUUUAUUUAUUGAUUAAGGAUAAUUUUGAUUCAACUCAUGUGGAAGGUGUUCUUAUAGGUGUGAGCAAUUUCUUGUAAUUGAUAUUAAUUAUCAUUUAGUGGAUUACUUUUAGUUGUCAUUCUCUUGGGUUAAGGUUUAGUAGCAAUUCCAAAAUUAUAUUACAGAGAACAUAAAGAGGAAGAAGUGUUGGAAUAAUGUUAUUAAUAGGCUGUUUUAUUAGAUGAAUAAAGAACUGAGAAAACCUAUGAACUUGAAGACAUUUGUAGGGUUGUAAUAUAUUUUGAAAUAAAUAGACCCUUCAAUUAUUGUAGAAUGAACAUUCUGAUAGUGAAUUCAGUAGAUAUUUGAUGAUAAUUUUACAAAAGAUUCCUUAGGAAUUUUAAAAGAGUAUAAGAUAAACUUUAUAGAAAUAUAAUGCUUCCAAUAUUCCAGAUAAAUAUAAACCAUUAAAUUUAGAAGUAUUAGCUUCAAUACAUAAAUAUAUAAAAUGUCUUAUGUUUGAUUUAUAAAGAAUUUAAACAAAACUUAAUAUAGUUAAUUAAAAAGCAUUAAAAUUUGAAAGGAAAGACUUAGCAGAUGAUGAGACUUAAUUUGAAACUAAAUGGUCUAAAAUGAUAUAUAAAAUUUCAAUUAUUUGGAAUUUAAAGCUCAGAAAAUAUUAUUGUGUAGUAUUGGCUAUAACAUAUGCUCUUCUUAGUUUAUUCAUACUAUUUUGUGAGUUGAUCACUUUUGUGGCUAAAACAAAUAAAGAGUUGAAUCCUUAUUAUUUAUUAUUGUCAUCAAUUAAUAGGUAUUAUUUAACAGAACUUAUUUUGUUGUUACCUUUAUUAUAUAUGAUGUUUUGUACAUAUUAUGGUUUAUUUGCAAUGAAAAUUUCAGGUUUAAUUUCUUUUAAUAAACAUCAUCAUACAGAUGCACCAAGUUUAAUGUUUGGAUCUAUGUAUUUAUAUUUAAUAAAUUUCCUAGUAAUUUUGCUAGAGUAAGUUUUCCUUUGUGUUUCAAUUUCAUUUAAAUUACAGACAUAUUAGAAGAUUAAACAACUUCUUUUAGUGAGACUGUAGGUAAUCUGGCAGAAUCUCUUUUUGUAUAGAGUUACAAGACUAUAUUGCCUUUAAUGUUAUUGAUAAUGUGUUUUUUCAAUUUAUUCAAUAUUGGUGAUAAGUUAAUGAGAACUAUAGGUUUAGGAUAAUAUGCUUAACAAGAGAGAAUAUAAGGAAUGAGUUUGGAAGGAAAAAAAAUAAUAGAAAAAGGUAUAAUUGCUUAUUAUAUUUAUAGAAAGAGAAUUAAGAAAGAAAAAUAAUCUUAAUGAUAGCAAUUCUCAGAUUGUAUUUUAGGAAUUAUAAAUUAUGCCAAAAAAUAAAAUUCAAGAUGAAGAAGAUACUUCAAGAAAAAAUUCAUAAAAUUAAGGAAUUAGAAAUUUUGAUUAAAUUCUAAGCAUUUGA